GGACCAAACAAAAACAAUAUAUCAGUAGGACGAUGAUUGGUCUCCAAGAGACCUAACCCACAGAACUGAAUAAAGACCAAAUUGAUCCACGGAUAAACGAAUAGGCUAGAGGUAGCUGAGCCCGGGGAAAGGAUAAAAUCACGACGAUCCGAAUCCGUGCGAGCUACUGUACACCGGGAACGGUGUAACAUUUCAUCCAGUCACGAGGACACAAGGGAGAUGACGUCAUGACUUACCAGGGGAACAAUCGGAGUGAGAGAGCGCCACCGAGCAGGCUGCAGGCAGGCCACCCCAAUGGACUCACUGAUGGCUAAUGCGUUUAGCUAGCAUAGUCCAGCCUCACGGACCUGCCUGUUUUGUCCAGCGCUGUUCAUAAUUUACGGUUUCCCUAUGCAUGUAAACAUUUGUGCUGAAUUAAAUGCCGCGUAGACUAGCCAGUAAGGGCUGAAAACUCUCAUCUGCACCAAAUCGCACAACUCUUUGUCGCUGAACUUUUGUUAAGUGGAUCAUCUCGACCGCCUCAAACUGAAUGGACUAACAUGAAGAGCCUCAAAGCAAAGUUCAGGAAAACUGAUGCCCAUGAGUGGAGUAAGAAUGACGAGCGGCUCCUCUCCGCGGUGGAGCACGGGGAGGUGGACAAGGUCACGUCGCUCCUGGCUAAGAAGGGGGCCAGUGCCGUUAAGCUGGACGCUGAGGGCAAAUCAGCUUUGCAUGUGGCUGCCAUGAAGGGCCAGACGGAGUGCCUGGCUGUGAUUCUGUCCCACGGAGCGGACGUCUCGGUUAUUGAUGCUUCAGGUUUUACAGCUUUACACCUCGCUGCCAAAAACAAUCACCAGGACUGUGCCAAAAAAUUGAUACAGAAUAAGAGUGUGUUGGAUGCUCUUGAUGGCUCAGGGAAGACCGCUCUGCAUCAUGCAGCUGCGUGUGGAAAUACAGCGAUGGUUCAGCUCCUGUGUGAAACCAAGUGUCCAGUAAACCUCAAGGAUGCGGAGGGCUUCACACCCCUGCUGUUGUCGGCCAGGCAUGUUCACGCUGACGUGUGCAGCACCCUGCUGAAGUGGGGGGCCGAUGUCAACGCUCGAGACAAGAACGGCAGGACGGCCGUGAUGCUGGCCAGUGAGGGCAGCUGCGUGGCAGCCGUGCAGGUCCUGGUUCAGUGUGGAGCCGACCUCAGGGCCGCAGACUCCCUGGGCCACGACGUGCUGCACUAUGCCAAGCUCUCUGGCAGCGCCGAGGUCCGGAAUGUUCUCAGCUCGGUUCUCCAGAGACAGCAAGCCGACUCAGAUAAUAAGACUCCACAAAAAACUCCACAGCAUGAUAAGGCUGGUUGGGUUACUGAUGACAGGAACUCAACCCCUAAAAAACGAAAAGCACCUCCACCUCCUAUUAGUCCAACGCAGUUGGCAGGCGUCGUUUCCCCUCCCUACCUGACCCCGACGGGAACACCGUCCUCUGCCAAGAGUGACACACCGAAGAGGUUUAAUUACAAGGAGGAUGAGAUCCGUAGCAUGGCGCUGAAAGAGGAGAUUGAGAAACUCCAGGAGGAGAAGAGCAUGCUGCUGGAGACCAUUGAAGAUCUGAAGCAGAUUGCGGAGCAGACUGAGCCCAAGGCGGAGUGCGGGGGGAACGCUGAUGGGGCCCUGGUCGCCACGCUGCAGGCCAAGGUGGCCGCGCUGUCGCUGGAGAACCAGCAGCUCUCGCAGAUCAUCAAGAAACGGCCAGCCCCACAAGGAGAGGACGAGGACUCGAGGCCCAACAGCAUCGACUCCAACGCCUCCUACCACUCCACGCGGGCCGACUUCGAGCACCCGUCUCUGUCUGAGGUCGAAGACACGUCUGCCGUCGAGGAGGACCCGAAUGGCGGUGGCGGCGUCAGCGGCGGUGGAGGCGGGAAAGAGCUCCUGCUCCUCAGGGAGACGCUGCACAGCGUCCAGUCCAAGCUGCAGGAGAGCCAGCAGGAGAACCGCUCGCUGCAGGCCCGCCUGAGCCCCGUGCCGCUGGGCGAGAUGGCCAUGCUGGAGAGCGUGGCGGAGCUCCAGUCCAAGCUGGCCGCCACCCAGGAGAAGCACCUGCGGGCCACCCAGGAGGUGCAGGCGCUCCGGGCCGAGGUGCUGAAGGGCGGCGGAGGAGGAGGAGGAGGUGGAGGAGGAGGCGCGGGUCGGCUCGGGGGCGAGGUGGACGACGCGGUCAUGCAGAAGGUGCAGAAGCUGAAGGGCUGCCUGGAGCAGGAGGUGAAGGAGCUGAAGGCCAAGCUGGCGGCCGCCGAGGAGCGGGCCGAGCGGGACGGCGUGCGCGUGCGCGAGCUGGAGCGCCGCCUGGAGACGGCCGGCAGCCAGGAGACGCAGGAGCGCCAGAGCCACGGCGCCCAGCAGGAGGCGCUGGCGCGCGAGAAGGAGCAGCUGGCCGAGCAGCACCGGCGGGCGCAGGAGGAGGUGCGCGUCCUGCAGGCGGCCAUCAAGGGCAUGGUGCCCGUGGAGGCGGCCGCCAAGGACUUCGAGGCCCUGAAGGCGGAGACGGGCGAGGUGAUCGAGGGGCUGCAGAGGCGCCUGCGCGAGCUCUCCAAGUCCUACAGCGAGACCAAGAGCGAGCUGAGCGCCGUGCGCGGCCAGCUCAAGACCAGCCAGUCGCCCGAGCCGGCGGCGGCGGAGGCGGGGGGGAAAGGAGACUCCCCGACCGGCUCCGUCAAGGAGACGCAGGAGCAGCAGGAGCUGCAGGCCGCCGUGCGCAGGGCAGAGGAGAGCGAGGCGAAGCGGGCGGAGGCGCUGGAGGAGAUCGGCCGGCUGAAGGAGGAGCUGGAGGCCCAGGCGCAGGCCACGGUGUCGCUGGCCGACCACGCGCAGGUGGUGUCGUCGCUGGGCAGCGCCAUCCAGGAGCUGGAGGCCCACGGGGUGGCGCUGCAGCAGCAGCUGGGCCAGCGGAGCCUGCAGGUGGACGCGCUGCAGAACCGGCUCACGGUGGAGAAAGAGCGCACGCCCGACGACACCGUGCCGCGCGCCGAGCACCAGCGGCUGAGCCAGCGCCUGGAGGAGGAGACCACGCGCCUCACCCGCCUGCUGCAGGACGCGCUGCGCAAGCAGGACCAGAUGGCGCUGGAGGCGGCGGCCGCCUGGCAGGAGGCCCGCGAGGCCCGCGCCACCGCGCACGCCCUGGAGGAGCUGGCCGCCGCAAGGCUGCAGGAGAACAGCGCGCUGGGCGCCAAGCAGCGCGAGGCCCAGGAGCUCAGCACGCACCUGAAGAAGCAGGUGGAGAACCACGUGGCGUCGGAGAGGGAGAAGAACAAGAAGAUUGACGACUUGUCCAAGGAGGUGGCUAAGCUGAAGGAGGCGCUCAACAGCCUGUCCCAGCUGUCCUACAGCGGCAGCAGCGCCCCCAAGAGGCAGCAGCAGAGCCAGCAGCUGGAGGCCCUGCAGCAGCAGAUCAAGCAGCUGCAGUACCAGCUCACGGAAUCUAAGAAGCAACACCAUGAGAUUGUGUCUGUCUACAGGAUGCAUCUCCUCUAUGCUGUCCAGGGUCAGAUGGAUGAAGACGUGCAGAAGGCCCUGAAGCAGAUCCUCAUGAUGUGCAAAAUGUCAACCGAAGCCAAGUGACGCCUGCCAUGAAAGAUAUCAAUGCUGUUGUUUCGGGAUUUUUUUUCCCUCUCAAUUUGUUGCCAAAAGCAUAAAGGAGACAAGUAGAAUUUGCCUUCUGUGUCUGUCCUUCUCAAAAGUGGUUAAUCCGUCCAUCAAAGCCACAUAUUCUUUCAUAAGACACAUUUACCGUUAUUCACAGUAGAUCAUAGUUCAAUCCAGCAUGCUAUCCAGUUUCACUUUAAGUUAGAUCACCUUUCCUGGUGCAUAUCAGACAAUCAAACAAGGUUUUGCAGCUCACAACAAAUCAGAUUGACACAUCAGUGCUGGCUAUGUACCAGAUAGUGGAAUGAGUUUAUCAGUGUUAUUUGUAAAAUAGAAUAUGGAAUGUUUGCAGCCACUACUAUGCAAAUAUUGAUUGGUUAUGGUCCUUCUUUUUUGAUCUCAUGAAACAAAAAUGCAUGCUUUACAUGAAACACGUUGUUCCCAAUGAAUGUGCACCUUCAAAAAGAAAAUGUUAAUUUCUUGCUUCAGUUGUUCGAGAUGAAGCGACCUUAUUGUAUUUUCGUAAAAUUGUAAGAAUAUGUGGAUGCAUUUUGCUCUGUUUUCUCGUCUGUUACUUGUGACCAUGGAUGUGGUUGUGUUUGGACACAUCGCCCCUCACCUACUUGCACUCAGUGCUGUUUUUGUAGACUUUUAUAGGUAUUUUGUAAGACCGUUAUGGACUCAAACACCCAUCCAUGUUACAGACGCACUUUCCCACCCUCCUCAGUGACUUUUUCCAGUACUGUUAGAGAGACUCAGCCUGCCAGCCAGAUCCAGGGCACUUGUUGCCCAUGUGCCUGUAAGACAUAGCAUGGAAGGAUGAACAUUAUUGAAUUUUAGGUAGUGUUUUUUUAUGUAGUGCAUGUUUUGCUGUAACAUAGAUUACUCUUGAGUUGUAUUUCUGCACGAACCAGCGGAUGUCGUUGGGUUAGUUGAGACAAUAGCAUGGUUAUGGUUUAAUAGUACAAUCCCCAAGAGGGCCGAGCCCAUCAGUCUGUACAUACAAAGAGACUUCAGCACCUCAGCCAAUUCAGAAUCAGGGAUAAGAGUAUCAUUUUUGUAAUACCAAUGAAAAUGUAUUGAAAUGAAAAAUGAAGGAUUUUCUUGCUGAGAACAGGAUCACCAGCCUAUAACGUGUUAACUGUCCCAGGGGUAGGGAGAGGGGAGGGGGGGCUUUGAAACAUUUUGCUCACCAAAAUCACACGUCACAGAUGAACUCACCUCCUUAAUCACGUCAGUGUGGUUUUGAUCAUCACAGAAAUCCCACAGCAGCACCGUGUGUGGACUUCAAGCUUUAGCGUUGUUAUGACUAAGUCUGUCUGUGGUUAGCUACGUGACCAUGUGCCAUACUUUAUAUAUACAGUAUACUGUGGGUGUGAGUGCGCUGUGCCAUCCGCCGCUUGCCACACACCUGAGGCGAUGAGUGGGUUGCUCUCCCUCAGAACACUAAAUCAUGCACUAAAUAUAGAGGACUCUUGGAGGGGGAGGUGUUUUACAACACUACCCAUUUGACUCUUUUGAAAGCAAUAAUCUGCUCAACACACCGUUUUAUCCAUGACACAGACACAGGAAAUGCUCACAGAUUUUUUUUUAAUUAACGGCCAUAGUUUUAAGCUGUGUCAAAAAAAUCCUGUUUUUCCAAAUUUGUUCACUUUAAAAAUGCACUUUGCUGAAAAAAUCAAAAUCCACUUAACGUUCCUUACAUGUUGGUUCAUUUGGUGCAUGUACCAAUCAGCAUUCUGUUUGACAAGAGGAGUACAGUACCUGUUAUUAGCAUCUGCGGUUAGUUGAAAAAUCAUUUCACAGCUCCAUAAUUAUGUUUACUUAAUUACCUCUGGGUAAUGUGUGUGCUGUCAGCAUGCCUGGUAGCUGACAGAUCCUCCCCAGAUGCUCCUGUCUGUGUUUAUUUCAUUUAAACCUUAAGUCUCUUGUAAAGAUGGCACUCAUGCAACACCACUUCACGUGUUCAGAAUAAAACCAGGUGGGUUGUAUAAAAAAUGUACUUGAGAAUGGCUUGUGGGUUUUUUCUAUUGUUUAAUGGUUUGUCAUAGGGAAGGGUUUGGUAUGUUUGUGAUGUGCUUUCUGCCCCCACUCUCGAUCCCAAUUAAAUUUUUGAUAAGCUUUGUA